CCGUCGGGAGGCUUUUCUUUCUUCUUCGUCGCAAACUUCUUUAAUGUCCUCACGUUGUAGCGGAAGCGGCUCCGUGUCGACGUUCGGGGGUUUAAAACGGCAAUAAUGUGGUUAGCGAAGUGUUUUCGGAGGCUCGUGGAGGUCUGCGAGGACAAACCGGGACCGCGCUCUCGUCACAGGACGCACCGACGGUAGCGAAGAAACCAUAAAAAAAAAAAACGAAAAAAGUUUGCCUCUUUCUUCAAAGAGUUUACUUUUAGAUUCAUUAGCUGCAGACAGUCCGGGUGGGGCAACAAUGGCGGACUGUCUGUAAGGACCGGAGGACCCGAGGAGAAGGAGCCCCGUUGCGAUGGGCAACCGCGGGAUGGAGGACCUGAUCCCGCUGGUCAACCGCCUGCAGCGCGCGCUGAGCGGCGCGCGGCUGCGCUGCAGACUCGCGCCGCUCAUCGCUGUGGUGGGCGGACAAAGCGCGGGAAAGAGCCUCCGUACUGGAGACUUCGUGGGCAGAGACUUCCUUCCACGCGGUUCAGGAGUAGUGACCCGCAGACCUUUGAUCCUCCAGCUGCUCAACGCGGACGAAGAGUACGGGGAAUUCUCCCACUGCGAUGGGAAAAAAUUCACAGACUUCGACGAGGUCCGCGAUGAGAUCGAGGCCGAGACCCGAAGGCUCACGGGAUCCAACAAAGGCAUCUCUGGUGUUCCCAUCAGCCUCCGCAUUCACUCCCCACACGUGCUGAACCUGACUCUGGUGGACCUGCCAGGCAUCACCAAGGUGCCGAUAGGCGACCAGCCGGCGGACAUCGAGAACCAGAUCAGAGACAUGAUCAUGCAGUUCAUCUGCCAGGAGAACUGUCUCAUUCUGGCUGUGACGCCGGCCAACGCCGACCUGGCCAACUCCGACGCCCUCAAACUGGCCCAAGACGUUGACCCGCAGGGCCAGCGCACAAUCGGUGUGAUCACCAAGCUGGACCUGAUGGAUAAAGGAACAGACGCCCGCAACAUCCUGGAGAACAGGUUGCUUCCCCUACGCAGAGGUGUGUGUGUGUCUAGCUAA